GGGCAAACGUUGGGUAUAUUCCGUUCACUGAAUGCAUUGGCUCGUGUCAUGGGUGCGGUGAUUGUUACUACAGUUUUCUGGAUUUAUGGACCCAACAUAACCUAUAUGUUAUGUACUGUCUUCUUAACUUUACUGCUUAGUUACAGGAAAAUUACCUUAGUAGUAACUAAAUGUCAAUCCAAACAAACGUACAAGGAGGAGUAA